AUGGAUCCCUUUGUUCUUUAUUCUCUAGCAUUUGCACUUCUUUACAUUUCUCUCUAUUUCAUUUUCUUUAUUCUCAAAGGCAAUUACUCCAAUAACAAACACACAAUUCUUCCACCAGGCUCAAAUGGAUGGCCAAUUCUUGGAGAAAACAUUGACAUGGCUUACUCAUCAUCCCCAGAGAAAUUCAUCCAUGAAAGAAUGGAAAAACACUCAUCACAAGUCUUUAAAACCUCCCUCUUAGGUGAAAAAAUCGCGAUUUUUUGUGGCUCUAGUGGUAACAAGUUUUUGUUUUCAAAUGAAAACAAUCUUCUUACCACAUGGUGGCCACCGUCUCUAACCAAACCACUCAUGUGCCCAACUCAAUCUCAAUCUCAAAAUUCUAUCAAAAAAAUUGCUCUUUUAAAUCGUGGAUUCCUACAUGAGAUCCUAAAACCCGAAAAUCUCAAACAAUACAUCCCUUUUAUGGAUUCCAUGGCUCGUGAUCACUUAAAACAAGAAUGGGUCCCUUUCAAAGAAGUCAAAAUUUAUCCUCUAGUAAAAAAAUAUACUUUCAGCUUGGCUUGCAAAUUAUUCCUAUCAAUAGAGGAUUUUCAACACGUUAAAAAGUUAUCGGACCCUUUCGUUCUUGUAACGUCCGGGAUGUUUACCGUGCCAAUUAAUUUACCCGGUAUGCCUUAUAAUCGCGCGAUAAAAGGGGGAAAAAUGGUGCGUGAGGAGCUUAUGAAGAUUAUUAAAGAGAGGAAGAAUGAGAAAAAUAAUUAUAGUGAUGAUUUGUUGUCUCGACUUACAAGUUUUAGUGAUGAAAAUGGUCAAUUUAUGAAUGAUGCAGAGAUUUACAAUAAUAUUAUAGGGUUACUUGUUGCAAGCUAUGAUACAACAAGUGCUGCUAUCACUUUUGUCUUGAAAUAUCUUGCUGAGCUUCCAAAAAUCUUUAACGAGGUUUAUAAAGAACAAAUGGAAAUUAGAAAGUCAAAAGGUGAAGGAGAGUUGCUAAAUUGGGAUGAUAUCCAGAAAAUGAAGUAUUCAUGGAAUGUUGCAUGUGAAGCAAUAAGGCUAAUGCCACCAGCUCAAGGUGCUUUUAGAGAAGCAAUUACUGACUUCACAUUUGGAGGAUUUACUAUCCCAAAAGGAUGGAAGACAUUUUGGAAUGUGUAUUCAACACACAAAAAUCCAAAAUAUUUUCCAGAGCCAGAAAAAUUUGACCCUUGUAGAUUUGAAGGAAGUGGACCAGCACCAUACACUUUUGUACCAUUUGGUGGAGGACCAAGAAUGUGUCCAGGAAAAGAAUAUGCAAGAUUGGAAAUUCUUGUUUUUAUGUAUAAUGUUGUUACCAAUUUCAAGUUAGAGAAAUUGGUUCCACAUGAAAAAAUUAUUUACCAAUCAUCACCUGUACCUCUCAAUGGUCUCCCUGUUAGGAUUCAACCCCAUGGAAAUUUAGCUUGAAUCAUCAUUUGU